AGCGGAUCUAAAGUUGGUCAUGCGCAGAACCUGUUAGAAGGCCCAUGUUGAUUUUCGCCGCCACUCCGCUGCCACUCUUCAGCAAUUUUAAAGUGAAUUUAGCCCUGAAGUUGCAAGCUUGAGUGACACAUCUAGGAUCUGUUUCUCUUCGGUAAGGAGCAAAGAGGUGCAAGUAUUCAUUUUACUGUGUCUAGAUUUUUUGGGUCCUAACACGUCGAUAAUCACUUUUCCACCUCGCUUAUUUUAACGAUCAAAGGGUGAAAUUGUUUUUAUAUUGCAUUGAGGUUUAUGACAUCUCCUUUCUCAGUUAACCUUUGCUGCCGACUUUCAUUGUACACACUGCCUUCUUGGCCACUGAAUUUUGUUAUUUGUCUUAUUCAUGAUCCUUUUUACGUUUUACAUACAUUCGUAGCCGGCAGACUUCAUAGUCGUAAGCAAACCUAUCCAGAAAGAUGAGCAGUUCCGAAGAAGUGUCAUGGAUUUCUUGGUUUUGCGGUCUUCGUGGCAACGAGUUCUUUUGCGAGGUAAAUGCCGCUCUAAUCGCGGUCUUUGAAAUAUAUUUGUAGUUUUUUCACUAGAGAAAGAGCUUUGGUAGACGUCACAUGUUUAAAGUAUUUUUGGAAAGAACUUAAUUUAUUUAAUGGUGGCCCGAAAGCUCACAGCUGCUGUGUUUUAGUUCCUCUCUGUUCCUGCAUUGUUUUAGUUCCUUUGAUGAUCAGCAAUUUAAUUUCAUCAUUCUACGUAUUACGCUAGAGCCAAAAAAGCUAUUUGACUUCUCAAAUUGCUUUUUUGUGACUAAUAACGCUGAUAUGAUAUGCAAGGACAUGUUAGAUCGAGAUGGCAAAGUUUUUGUUAUUUUAUUGUUGUUUUAUUUUGCCAUACACACAAAAUAUGCAUAUAAAAUUUAAAAAAUGAUGAGGCAAGGGAGCCCAAGGAAGCCAAUAAGGCUUGUGUAUAGGACCACCUUUAAAAUCAUGUUAUCUAGUUAACAUUGGCAAGAGAAUUUAACUCUUAGUAUGCACAAUUUCUUUGGAACUUAGAAAAUAAUCAUUAAAUAGGAUAAAAUAGAAAAGACUGAAUGUGUAAGUGCAAAAACGAAAAAGAAAGGGUGAGAAAAAAUAAUACAAGAAUAAUCGAGAAAAAAAAAUUAAAGAAGCGAAAAACUACACACAAGUAUUAAGAGAAGUUACUGAAGUGUGCUUGUACCAAGAAAAAAUGUCUUAAGUUUAAAGUUGAACAAAGCAAUACUGAGGCCCUGCCAGGGUAAAUUCCGUCAAGCGACAUCGCCCAAAAAGUAGCGACAGUGCGUAAAAUGAAAUCGCGACAAGAGACAACCUCCCUCGGCCAAAUUGCAACAGUGACGGCAAAGCCAAAAGUAAGCCCCCACCCCCGGCAGGGCCUCAAUACUAGAGGCAUUCUGAAUUUCAGAGCUAAGGGAAUUAUAUAUUUUGGGCCCUUGAAAACAAAGUGAAAAUUUCUUUACAUUUGUCUCUGCAGUAGGGCAGUUAAUGAAUUCUUACUUCUAGUGUUAUAUGAAUGUACAUCACAGUUAAGCAAAAACAUGCCAUUGAAACUUAGUGUUCUCCUUAAAUUUUAGCUCAGCAGGUAAGGGACCAUUCUUGACUGGUAGGCCAAACACACGCGCCAAAGGCGCACUCUCCUGGAGAGGGAGCUUCGCGUUCUUAAAGGCUUUUAUUUUCAAGCAUCCUGUCAACCAAAUGACCAAAAAGUAUUUUAAACACCUCAAAACAAAGAAUUUUAUGAAUGAAGGGGCAUACCUUUGUUGCUAGGGUCAAUUUAGUAACAUAAGUUGCGUAAGUCGCGAACUUUUCCUGCUGGUCGCGAAAGUCUAAAAUUGGGACAGAAGCCCACGAAAAAAUUGUUAGCCUACAGUGCUUCGAAAGGAACUAAUCAGUAGUCAGAGAGAAUAGCUGUGAAUACUUUUUGUUGUGCCAUAUUUACUUUCUUUUCUUGUUAGGAUCGGCUUGGAUCACAACUUGUGUACUUUUUGAAACAACUUAUUUAAUUUUAGUAAAACUUUAAGUGGUUGCAGGCGGUAAGACAGGGUUGUCAUUAAGAGCCGGGGGCCGGGGAUUUCCCCCGGCUACUAAGACAGUGGCGCCCGGCUACUUUUAUUGGAAAAUAGAAGAAAAAUAGAAAGAAAAGAAAUCCCUAGUCGUUUGAUUCCCCGCCUACUUGUUGUAUUUACCCAGCAACUUGAAAUCUUAGUGACAACCCUGUAAGAAGUGUUGCUUCAAGCGGUAAAUUUUACUGGUUACGGCCUGAUAAGGAGAACACUGGAAACUAUUAGGAAGGCGGCUAUUUUUAUAUAGAUACAUACUAAGUUUUCAAAUAGAGUGUAUGCCUAAUUCCAAAAAUGUUUGUUUUGGCAUUGUCUUUUUGCAUGUUAUAUUAACAAAACAGAAACAAUUAUGACACCAAGAAAAACACAAACAGUUGGAUUGAUUACCCAAGCACAAUGGCUCUGUGUUUGUUUUUUUUAAAUUCUGCCAUGUUUCGUUGUCAAGUCCCUGACUGAUGGCUUGGUUAGUCCAAGUGUGACCACCUUCGCCCACAUUUGUUGGUCAUUUAUCAGAUUGUGUGUUCCCAUGGCAGGGCAUUUGUCUUUAAAGAUCUACCCUGGGUUGGAGAAUUAGUCAUUGCUGGAAAAAGUUUCUUUUUUUGCUACUUUAAAAUAGCAAAACAGUAUGGCACAUUAACAUGUGAGUUCAUAUUACACGUGCAUAGAUUGGGGAGAUUUAAUCAUUCACAAUUUGGCUUUUUGCAUAAAGUUACAGCUCAAAUUUGAUUUUAGGUUAAUUUUGAUUCAACUUAGGUUUAUUCCCAUUCAGGUAAGGUUUAUUAGGUUUAUUUUUGUCUCAGAGUCAUAGCAAGUGUUUGGCUUAUGUGUGUUGUAUGAUUUGUGUUAAAAGGUUGAUGAAGACUACAUUCAAGACAAGUUUAAUUUAACUGGAUUAAAUGAGCAAGUGCCUCAUUACAGGCAGGCCUUGGAUAUGAUACUAGAUAUGGAGCCAGGUGGGUUUCCAGAUGUUUGUAUAGUAACCAUUCACAUACAGUGUAAGUGUAAGCGUCACAUUUUGCAGCCUUAAUUACAAAUUAAUUUUUGAGCCAUCAGAAUAUUUCACUAAUAAUACUCCCAUGGCGCCAUGGCUCGAAUUUAAUUUUUGGAUCACUAACCCUUCGGGUUAGUAGACAUAUUUUUUACUAACCAAAUUAUAAAGUUUGGUAUCCAAGAUCACAACUAAAAAAUCUUGACAAUCUUGAAAUCUCAAAUAUUGAACAUUUUGUCAAUAACCACUAGAACAAAUUAAAAAUUAGUCGAAACUGCAUGGUGACCUUAAAAAACUUUGAUAAUUAAGCGCCUAGUUUAUUUCCCUCUCGUAAAAAAAGAACUGUUUUUAUCUGCUAGAGAAGGAAAUUCCCGGCAGGCGGUACAGAACAUGUCCUGUUUAGUCUCGUCGAACUGAAGCCACGCAAAUGUUUUCUUCCACUCCUGUCAAAAUGAUCGGCCCUCUUGUUUCCUCUUUUCUUCGUAACGCUUCCGGGAGCUCGAGUCUUCCAUAUCUUCUGUUGUCUUUGGUUCCUUUUCUUGACAUUCUUCUUCUUCACCACAGUUACUUUCAGCUGGAGCCUGCCUUUUUCUAAUAAAUCUAUCCAAAGAACUCUGCAUAAUUCAAUGCCAAACUGCCAGUUAACCUCGCAAACAGUAACUUCGAAGCGAAGAUGGCGGAUCUGAUAUUGUAGUGUCCAGAUCCCCACAUUCGACACAAACUCGUCUCCAGGGCCUUAGCGCUCAAAAGGUCUGAAAAGUUCGAUUCGAUCGCAAAGAUGGCGAGAACAAAUUGUUGAGACAGAAAACAAUCUCAUGCAAGAAAACAACACAAAAAUCGUUCCUAAAAAUUAACAUUUACUUGUAAAAAGGUUAUUUCUAUAAUAUAAUUUGAAUAUUUAAGAAAAUUUUUACUAACCAUGUCAGAUUAGUUGGACACAUGUUUAGUAACCAAAUGUUGAAAAUUACUAACCGUUGGUUAACGGGUUACCGUUAAUUUCGAGCCCUGCAUGCCUUGCUGUGCAUGACAAAUAUGAGGGUAUAAAUAACAGUGACUUUACAGUUUUGACUUAGAAGACUAUCCAAUAAAAUUAAGGAAGAUCCUCGAAAGAUAUACUUGUUCAUUGAGCAAAAAUUAUAAAAGUUUUAAAAUGAUUAAGACCACAAACUCUCUCUCUUCCUUGCAUUCUCUCCUCUUUUUGUUCUCAAUUCUCCAUUUUGCUUUGCUCCCCGAUAUCUGAACGCUUGGAAUAGUUUAGGACUUGUCUUUAUUUCAUUUGAAAAAAUAUUGUAAUGAUAGAGAUGUGAUGGUAAAUUUUGAGCCUGCUGAAAACUUGAGAAAGAUGAUUUUUCAGUCACAGACACAGGUAACUAGAAGGUCAUAGGUUCAACUCCUAUUAGGAGCACUCUUAUUGUUUAUUCCAAGCCACCUGCAUCAUUGUCUGAAAAAUCAUCUUUUUAUCAUUUUUGCAGUACUGUUUGAAAAAAAUAGGAGUGUAACAUUUUGAAGAAUAAGGAAAACAAACACACAACGGUUUGAGAGCUUCAACACUUUGUAAAAAACUAAUUUUGUUUGUGUUUAUUCUAGGCUUGAAACAAAAGUUGCAUCAGAUGAAGUGAAGGUGUUUAAGCUGCUGGCUAGGUGGAACAGGGUUAGCUUUACUUUUGUGUUAAUGACUGUGCUUUUUUCAUUGUAGAUGAUGAACUGGAGGAUAAUCCUAACCAGAGUGAUUUGAUAGAACAAGCAGCUGAAAUGUUGUAUGGUUUGAUUCAUGCGAGGUACAUAUUAACCAACAGAGGCCUUGCUCAAAUGGUUAGUGUUCUGUUACCAGUGUCAUAGAUAAACCUCUCUGCAAGCAUUUCUUUGGUACUAAAAAGUAACAGGGUUGUCACUAAGAUUUCAAGUUGCCGGGUAAAUACAACAAGUAGGCGGGGACUCAAACUGCUAGGGAUUUCUUUUGGUUGUAUUUUUCUUCUGUUUUCCAAUAAAAGUAGCCGGGGAAAAUAAUAAUAAUUACCUGGCUCGUAAUAAUAAUUGUUACUUUUUAUUGGCCAAUAAUGAUUGGUCUCCUAUUCAGCAGCCACCCUUUAUGAAAAAAAUUGACCAAAAGGUAAUUUUAUUUAGAAAACCCAUAGUUGCGUUCUAUUUGAAACAAUAUCAGCAAAUUUCUGUGUAUUUUGGACUUGCCUUUGUCUGUACAUGUAUUUUUACUGCCAUUGUUUUUCGAAUGACCCUCUAGUUUGUAGCCUGUUAACACCUCCAUCAAGGUGGCUGCUCAAGACAGUUUCCACUGUAUUCAAUAUUUACUCGUACGUUUCUUUUUCAGCUUGAAAAGUACCAGAAUGGUGAUUUUGGUCAUUGUUGCCGAGUUUACUGUGAGAAUCAGGCAGUCUUGCCCAUUGGUAAGUUGAAAAAAAUGAAGGCUACAGAUGUACAAUGACUUUAGAAAUCUUUUGGAACUGUAUGAUUUAUGUACAAUGCAGGGUUCUCAUUAAGUUUUAAAUUAGACAGUUAGGAUGUAAAAGUAGGCAGCUUGGCAAUCAAGUGCUGUAGGCAAUUUCAGGCUUUCACUCCCUCGCUGGUCCAUUUCCCCCCAAUAGUAGACUGUUCGGACCUCAAAAUAGCUGGUUUUUCAGCAGGUGACCAGCACUUAUUGAGAACCCAGACAAUGUAAUGGUAUCAUGUUAAUCUUUGUAUUAGGGUUGUCUGAUGUACCUGGAGAAGCCAUGGUAAAGCUUUACUGUCCAAAGUGCAUGGAUGUUUACACACCUAAGUCCUCAAGGCAUCACCAUACAGAUGGUGCAUAUUUCGGUACAGGAUUCCCACACAUGUUGUUUAUGGUUCACCCAGAAUACAGACCCAAGAGGCCUGCCAACCAGUUUGUACCAAGGUACAGUAAUUGCCUUAUAUUUGAUUAGUCGACUGCAUUUCAAGACUUGAGCAAAAAAGUAAUGGUUAUCAAAUGGUGCUUUUAUGUACUGUAAAUGAUCUAAUAGAUGUCCUGGGUGUCUGUUUAGUUUUGGAAGCGCGAGCAGGGGUGUUAAAUAGAUAGGAGGUGUUUAAGAGAGAGAGGCGUUUUUUCUCAUAACAAACUCCACAAAACUAAUUAUAUGUAUUUGGUGAAUAUAUCACCACAGUCUAUAAAUAGCAGUCUAUAGUGGCUCCAUCCAAGUAGGCCAUUUAAAUCAAUGUCAGUUGAACAAGAUGUACAUGUAAUGUGCAAGCUCUUGUUUUAAUAAUCCAACAAGAAAUUGAAUAAACUGAAUGAUUUUGCUAUAUUUCACUAUUUCCUAACAUUUUAGAGCAACUGUCACGUGGGACAUUUGAUAGACAGGGGGGCAUUAAAGAGGGGGUUGUAAUACAAACUUAGAUGCAUAGCUGGUCAUUUAUUAGACAAGAGACUGUGGUGUUUAUUUGAGAGAGGGCAUCUGUUGGGUCAUCUACAUGGUAUUGAACGGAACAGACCAAAUCCACUGCCACUGCCGUUCUUGGUUUUUGUAAUUUCAUAGUUAAAUAACUCAAAAGACACCCUUGAAAAUGAUGCCUGACUGGCGAGUACAGAAAGAACUUGAGUUGUUCUGCAACUAAGCCACCAUAGUUAAGAUCUGCUCAUUAUGAACUGAAUUACAGUACCAUGCUCAAUUUAGAAUCUAGACUUGAAACUUAAACAUAACUCGUAGUUCCGUUUCUUGGUUUACAGAUUAUUUGGAUUCAAAAUUCAUCCCAUGGCAUAUCAGAUCCAGUUACAAGCGGCUGCCCAGAGGGGGAGGUCUGCAUCUGCCCGCCCACGAUCAACCAAGCCACACUAUAAAUAAGAGCAAUAAUUAUUUUUAUAUUUCUAAAGCCCUUGUGUUAGUUUCCUGAAUCAAAAUGUUUUGUUUGUUGGACUAUUAAUGUGCAGCUGUGCAUCGUAAAUACAGUGUAAUCACAGUUAAGUACACAUAUAAUGCACCUAGGGUGUAAAGUUUUAUCAAUGUGUUGUUCCAGAAUAAUAAUGUUCAUGAUCGUACUGCUCCCACAGAGAAUUUUGUGCUAUUGGUUUGGUCUCCACACCCACCCCAACUAGAAUUCAAGUUUAGCUUUGAAAUUAAAUAAUGAUGGCCUAAUCCUUCCCUCCUCCCCCUCCCUGGGUAUGCUCAAUGACCCUCUGUAGGGAUGGUAAGGAUAUUUUCUGGAAACACACAAUAAAAUAAAUGUGAGGUUCAUUGUUUACAAGACUUAUUCGACGGUUUGGUGAUUGUUCCAAAAUUUAUUGAAGACAUUAACAACAAAUUAAUGCUCUAAAUGCUAGUAUCAAAACAAGGUUCUUUUGAAAGUGUACUUUCUUUACGGGAACAUGUUGUGGUUCUAAUGAGAAAGAUUUGUUUUUGAACUCAGAUAUUUUAUCCUUAAUGAUAAUUUUCUUUAUUUCGUUAACUAGCAAUUUAAGGGGAAAUCAGGUCUUGGUCAUGGAAGGACUUUAGCAAGCACGAUGAUAGCAGUGAAAAGGGACAGCAAAAAAACAUGAGGUCUAUAGGGGCGUAGCCACCUUUUCGACUUGUUGUAGGCCUGGCUGACUUUCAUCUCUACUCCUGAAAAUUAACUAAAUUGCACGCAUGACUAGUAUGCACUGACCUCAUCAACACUUUGAGCUCUUAAGGUUUGUAGCUCACCCCAACAACACAUAAUUUAUUACAAGCGGUACAGUAUUGUAGGUCCGGGCCUACAGGUCUAUAGGCUGGCUACGCCCCUGGUCUAUGUCACUUGAAAGCUGUUCUUACUAAUUCAGCUCCUGUAUAGUAAAUUAGAAUAAUCACAUAGAAAGGUGGUUUACAUGAACAGAAUUUGUCGGGUUUGUUUCUGUUGUCAUCGUGCUUGUUUAAGUCCCCAAAUUUAGGUCUUACAGUGUACUUAAAAUUUGCACAUUUGAUAAAUAAGAAAGAGUACUUUUGGAUAAAGUUAAGCAUUUUGUUUUUGUCUUUUUGUUGAGUAAGAUAUGUGGUGGUAGCUUCUGCUUUCAAAUGAAAGUUUGUAUAUACACAUCUAAUCUUUUGAGUCACCACUGUGUACUUUGCAUUCUGCCUCUGCUAUUGAAACAAGCGAAUUAAAACGGAGUUCUCAGGCAUCUCAUGAAUUCCAAACCUACUUGUGACGAGUCUGGUGGCC